AUGGCUACCAAGUAUGGCUUCACCAAUUCCCUGAAGGAGCUGCGAUUCCUGCUAUGUCAGACGUCGGAGCAUAGCGCUGCCACGAGGACAUUCCUUACGCGCACCUAUCCGACAAUGAAGAAGCACAACCCGCACACACCCAUUAUGAUCCGAGAAGCCCUAGGAGUCGAACCGAAGGUGUAUGCGAGAUAUGAGUUCGGGAAAGAGAAGAUGAUUACACUGAUGGGGUUAGACGACAAGGCGAUCGAGAGCAAAGUUACAGAGCUGGUCAAGUCGAUAAUAUGA